AUCCCUUCUUCUAUACUCAUGUCUGUAGAUCAAUUUGUUUCAUCUUCAAUUGUUAAAAAUUAUGUUUACCAAACUUUGGCUCUCAUGUUUCUUAGGGUUUCUCUUGCUGAAUGGUUCAUCCUCUAAAAACGAUGGCAACUUCCAAUGCUCUUCUGAUGAACCAAAAACAGUUCUCAACAUCGGAGUUAUUGCUGAUAGUAGCUCAAGGGCUGGAAGAGAACACAUAAUUGCCAUUCAAAUGGCUGUUGAAGAUUAUAUCUUCACUUCGUGUCAUAAGGUGGAGCUCCUCCUUGUGGAUUCGCCCGAGAACUCCGCUCAGACAACCGCCACGAGUUUGGAUUUAAUUAGCAACAAGGAAGUGAAAGCUAUGUUUACAACAUUGACAAUGGAGGAGGUAUCUUUAAUCUUCGAACUUAAUAAAACCUCCACGAACAUCCCUAUCAUAUCAUUAUCUUUAGCUUCCUUAGUUCCGCCGCCGCAGCCGCCAAACCAGCCCCCCCGGCCGCCGUUCAUUCAAAUGUCGAAUGAUAUCGCCCAUGAAAUGCAGUGCAUUGCAGCUACAAUUGGCAAUUUCCAUUGGAGAAGAGUCACCGUGAUUUACGAAGAUAAAAAUGGGUUCCCCACCAAUAUGGCCGUGUUAAACAUCCUCUCGAACUCUCUUGGAGAUGUCUAUUCAAAAAUCGAAAACCAUCUUGCUUUCUCUUUACUUGAUCCUGAGCCUUUAAUUGAACAAAAACUGAUGAACCUUAGCAUUAAUAGCAAUAGGGUUUUUGUUUUGGUACAAUCUUCAAAGGAAUUAGCUACCCUUAUCUUCGAAAAAGCCAAGAAAUUAAAAAUGAUGACAGAUGGUUAUGCAUGGAUUGUUGGGGGUGAGAUAGCAAAUCUUGUUGAUUCCUUAUAUUCAUCUACUUUCAAUAAUCUGCAAGGUCUUAUUGGGUGCAAGAUUUACUUUGAAGAAACUGAAGAUUCUUUUAAAAAAUUUAGGACUAAAUUUAGAAGGAACUAUAUGUCUAAAUUCCCUGAGGAUGAAGGACAAGGAGAUCCAAGUAUCUUUGCACUUAGAGCUUAUGAUGCAUAUUGGGCCAUUGCCACUGCCUUGGAUGAAAUUAUGUUGAAGGGAAACCCUAAUGGAAUAAUUAAAGAAUGGCCUAAAAAAGUUUUGAGAAGUAAAAUCGAAGGAUUGAGUGGGGUGCUAUAA